AUCUGGGGGUGUAAUGUUAUCAUAUAUCACGCUACCUCGUAAAACCGACACUGAAGCCUGCCGGACAACAAAUCACAGGUCAAAAUUAUGAGCUCUUCGUAUUAUGUGAAUGCGCUUUUUAGCAAAUAUACGGCGGGGGCUUCUCUUUUCCAAAAUGCAGAGCCUACUUCUUGCUCCUUUGCAAGCAACUCCCAGAGAAGCGGCUAUGGACCAGGCGCGGGUGCCUUUGCCUCCUCCAUGCCCGGCUUGUACAAUGUGAACAGUACCAUAUAUCAAAGCCCGUUUUCUUCCGGAUACAGCCUGGGCUCUGAUGCCUACAACCUGCAUUGUUCCUCUUUUGAUCAGAACAUUCCCGUCCUCUGCAAUGAGCUAACCAAACCCAGCUGUGAGAAAGCGGAGGAAAGCAACCUGCACAACCAGGCUGAGCCUAAUUUCCGGAUAUACCCCUGGAUGAGGUCUUCAGGUCCAGAUAGGAAGCGAGGGCGCCAGACCUACACUCGAUACCAGACCCUGGAGCUGGAGAAGGAAUUCCACUUCAAUCGUUAUCUGACUCGGCGACGGAGGAUAGAGAUCGCCCAUGCCCUCUGCUUGACGGAAAGGCAGAUCAAAAUCUGGUUCCAAAACCGGAGGAUGAAGUGGAAGAAGGAGCACAAGGAAGAGAGUUCCAGCACUCCGGCUCCCAACGAGCCCACGUCAGCAGCAGCCUCUGUUGAGAAAGUGGAAGACGACGAAGAGGAGGAGGAGGACUAAGGAGUCCCACUCGAGGAAGCGAUCUUAGUAUAAUGUAUGCACAUGACAGUUGGAAAAUCUCCCUUUAAAGGAAAGAAAAAGGAAAAAAAAGAGAGAGUCUC